GAGGUGCUCUCUUCACAGUCAUCUGACCAAUCCGGCUCUUCCUUUCUGACUGAAGCGUCUUCUCCUUUGAGGAAUUGCAGACUUGCCCCCCCCUUUCUGAUGAACAGUUUCGUGUUUCAGCGAAUGGUGAAAUAAAAUUAAAAAAAAAAAAUUCUACAAUCGAGAGCGCUUGAGGGAGACAUGCUGCCCAGCCUCCAGCCGGCAUGCGAAGCACGACAGCGGACUGACUAGGACCGACCGCGGUGCGCUUGAUCUCCGACAUGGACUUCGGCUGGGCACUCGUCGUCGGCUUGUUGGUCUCAUCAGCAUGCUUCUUCGAAAGUUGGGGUGCCGCGAUUCAGGUGGCAUUUCUGUGUACCUGGUGGUGGUUUGGGUUCACGGUUACCCCGAAGGACAGCCUAGCCGAAACAAGCACUCAGACGGACGCGGCGGUGGAGACGCUCGGCACGGAAACCGAGGGUGAAGAAAGCAUGACUUGCAUUGUUGAGACUGACUCUAGGAUCCAGGCUCUGUGCCCGCAGGCUGACUACCCAGUGGUGAAGACUGCUCUAAGGCAGGUAUUCCAGUGCGUGUACGCACAGUUCAUCCUGGCCUGGUAUGAUGCCCCCGAGGACGGCCAGCCCCUCUAUGAGGCUCUGCAGAGGGAGUUCGACCUGGCGGUGGAGUACAUCAUCGCCCGCGCCUGGAAGAUGGAAACAUGCGUUCUCUGCGUGGGCUCCCUCAGGAUCCUCACCCAGCACCUGAAGAACACCAAGCAGAAGGAGAGGAGGGUGCUGUUCCCGUCCCGCGCGGAGGAGCUGGCCGUUCUGAGGACGUUCGCCUCGGCGCUGGUCCGCAACCUGCUUCCUGCCCCGUUCUGGCGCCAGGAGUGCAUCCAGUGCGUCUUAAACGAAAUUGUGGCUUUGAAAGUACUGCAGAUGCUGGUCAGGUGGUUCUCAGCCCCUGACAACCUGAACCAGCUGGUGGUGAGCUGCCUGGACACUGUCCUGCCCCAGAGUGCUGCAGAGGAGAGGGCCAGCGCAGAGCCGGAGGAGUGUCCCGGACGGGAAGACCACAGGGGAGGAGAAACGGCAGAGAGUGCAGACAGCGCUCUGAACGAUCAGCCCAAUAAGAAGAAGAAAGGUCAGAAGAUUAAGGAGCACCUGUCUAAGGUCCUCCAGAAGCUGAAGCCCAAGGACAGGAAGAAGCGCAAGACGGUGGCGUGUGAGAAGCAGCGCGAUGGCUCUGACCACGCAGGGGGCCUGGAGCCCAGGUCACUAUUAAUCCAGACCAGCCAGUCUGCCGAAGACCUGGAGGAGCAGUCCACCGCCAGUCAGGACGACUCCUGUAGUGAAGGCACAGAGCUGGAGACUGACAGCAUGGACAGUUUCUCCGAGGACAUGAUGGAGUUCAAGCUGCCCUACGAAAUGUGGUGUGUUGGAUCCUGGAAGGUGACGGUUACUGAGGUCCUGGAGGAGAACCAGGAGCUGAUCUUCACCGUGCACCUGGAGGAGAAGGACAAUGCCGAUGCUCUGCAGUGGGACGUGAGGAAGUCCCUGAGAAACUUCCAGGCCCUUUAUCACAGUCUGCAGGAGACUCCUAACUUACCGUCAAUAUCGGAUGUUCUGGAAAGUAAGGAGCAGGCAGCGGAUGCUGAGGUUCGAGAGAAGAUGAGGGCGAAGCUCGAAGAGUUUUUACAGGAGCUGGUUUCGAAGAGCCCGCAGGGGUCGAGCCAGGAGGUCUUCCAGUUCCUGUGCCCCUUCGAGAAGCUGCUUCACUCGGGCGAGCCCCUGGGAGGGAUGUGGGACCUGCUGUGCAGCCUGGUGUCCUUCUUCACCCCACCACAGGAGGAGGAGGGUGGCAGUAGAGAUGGUAUUGAAUGCCCCAAUGGGGUGCCACAGUGCCUGGAUGGUGACAGCCCAGGUGUGGGCUUGGAAACGGACACUGGGAGCUCCGGAGACGUCCUUGGCUCCUGUCCUGCCAGCCUCCCCAGCGCCCACACCAAAGAGCCAGCAGACAGCAGCAGAAACAGAGACGCCCGAGCAGGUGAUGGGUCUGCCAGAGUCCCCUGGCCAGGCGGAGCUGGUGCAGCAGAAUCGAGCCACUCUAACCUGGAAUUCAGGGAACUCCGGCCCGACUGGCACCCUGGUCAAGCGGAUCUGCCAGAACCUUGUCCCCUCAGCAAACGGCUCUCCGUCUCAGCCGAUGCCCUGCAGCGCAGUUUUGGGGACGGCCCGACUGCCCCCUUCAAAAGUUUCAAGAUGAAAAAAGCCAGCCGGUUUCCGAGAGGGCCCGGGCGUGGCCCGGCCACCGGAGAACAGGCCCAGGAGAGCAAGGAGAGGAACGAGAAGAAGGGCCAGGAGCAGCAGCAGAACAAGACCAGCAACCUGGACAUCUCCGCUGCUGUCUGCGAUCUGCUCAAGGAGAUGGGGGGGAAUAUCUUUGUUAACCUGGCUCGUUUUGUUUGCAAACUGCCGGUGCUGAACUUGGAGAAGAACCUGGACGCUUACUUCAGGACCCUGAACCUCACGGAGGCCCGGCUGGCCUCCUACAUCGACACGCUGCGGGAGAAACAGUGGCCCGCGGGGCAGCCGGCCGGCCCCAGCCCCGGCCCCAGCCCGGCCCCGGAGAGGACCGCCGAGCAGAGGGCCGAGACCAAGCAGAAGGCACGGGAGCUGCUGCAGACCAAAGUGCCGUAUUUAAAAAAAGUCUUAAAUAAAAGCGACGUCGAUGCCAUACUUGAUAUCUUCCAAAACGAAGCAGAGAACAAGAAGCUGGUUUAUAUGUUGCUCUCGUUCCUGUUGAGGAAGCUGGUGCCCGAAGACCCUUCCCUGAAAGUGCCAGCCUUGUCCUGCCUGAGCAGCCCUCUGUGACCCCGAGCAGAACCGCCACAGGGGGGCGCUGAAGCAACUUCAAGAGCCGAGAGCCUGUAUAUUGAGACUAAGUACAUCUUGGAGCUCUGGUGUGACGUGCCAAACACAGUGUAGCUGGAAGGUUGUUAAACUCUUGAAAGGGUCCGAACAGGACGUAUUGGAAUGUCCUGCUUCUCCUGGGUUCAUCAACAUGCUUUUGUGUAGUCGUGCAGUUAAAUUUGCACAACCCGUUCAUCAUCUGUAUCGUACGCCACCGAAGGCAUCCACAGCCUGCGUGCUGUAAAACGUCCCUCUGCGUUUCCUCAGAUACGAGAAGAGAUGCGUUUUGUGUUAAAAAUCAGUUGUUUCACAUUCCUGCGGUGCCCAUCGAGUGAGCAUGUUUACAUGUUUAUAGUCUCCUUUUUUGUUACUUUCUGUAUCGACUCCUAUUAACCCAAAGUAAUAAAUUAAUAUGAGCCGUAAUGGGUGGAAAAGGCACAAUUAGAUUUUUUUUUCCCCCUCGUGGCAGGGUUGUUUCUUCCGUGACCACAUGGCCACUCUAGGUUUGAGAGGGCGUAAGUGCAAUUAAAAUGAUUUUUUUUAGCUCUGGUUCCAGUAAAGUGCUCUCUUGACAGUUUGCUUGCAGCAGGCUGUGGUCCCCUCAAAACAAGGAAUAUCUCACUGUGAAUUUCUCGUCUGUUACUCGUUGACUCUUUGAAACUCUGAUUCUGCUGUUUAGCACGGAUGCUGCUAUUAACACCAGACCUACUUAACUCUGUGUUCCUCCCAGAAUCCUCCUUCACCCUCUUCUGAACCAGCGGCAGGUUGGUCGGUUUAGCAGAUUCUGUACGCGGGUGAACUGCGAGACUUUAUUGUACAGUAUUUAAUUUUAAUUUGGGAGGAAUGGUGGUUUCUACUGUAAACGGACCAAGUUAGCCUAGAAAACGUACAUACAGUCAUUUUUAUAACUUUUAAAAAAUACUUCUGCUUCAGAGUAGUAUCGCACAGAAUUAUUUUUUGGAUGGUUAGAGUCAUUUUCUCCUAUUUUUAAUGGAAAGGGAUGGGGGCAGAUUCACUGAGUUUUAGCAAUCCUGAAUAUGUGAUCCGUAUUGAGUGUUUUGAACGUUACCAGUUGCUGAGGGCACUUUGUAUUUCUUGUGUUUAUCCAUAGGUAUUUCUUGGAUUAUGCUCGUUAAUCAUUUUUCAAUAAAUUACAUUUAUUUUAA